AAAAAUGCCGUAGAUAUAAUUUUUAUUGACAACCAUCAACAGAAGCUGGGAAUAUUUUUCGCCAAUUCUAAAUUAAACAAUACAAAUUAAGAAAUCAAUUGGUAAAUAAUAAGUAAUACAGUUACGACUAUAACUGUAGUACGAAGAGGAGUUUGUAUUGGUGUAAGCUGCAGUAGAAAAUUGAUAAAUUCAAGCAAAAGAAAAUACUAGAAGAAAAACAUUUGCGGCCUAUUGAAUAGAGAGAGAGUGAUUGACCGACAUUGCACACAUUUGGACGCUGUAGAACGUAAUCGAGGAAGUGCUAGGGAGCGGGAAGAACAACUGCAUAAAACAUGUCUCAUACCAUAUUACUUGUACAACCGGGAACACGGCCCGAAACACGCACCUACAGUGACUACGAUAGUGUGAAUGACUGCAUGGAAGGCGUGUGCCGCAUCUACGAAGAACACCUGAAACGCAUCAACCCCAAUACACCCACCAUCACCUACGACAUAAGUCAAUUGUUUGACUUCCUAGACCAAUUAGCCGACAUAAGCUGUCUGGUGUAUCAGAAGUCAACCAACACCUAUGCUCCAUACAACAAGGAAUGGAUUAAGGAAAAGAUCUAUGUGCUACUGAGACAGGCUGCCGGCAGCACAGACUGAUAGGAGGAAUGUGGGCGAGGUAAACGGCAGGCAGUAGUGUAAUGUGUAAUCCUCAGCUACUGCAAUUAGUCUAUGAUACCACACAAACACAACAUCUUCGCUAUAAGAAGUAUAGAAGCAUCCGCUAUUCAGUUCAUUUCGAUCUGAAUGCAUGUACUAUGUAUUCUUGUAUUCAUAGGAUUAUUCGAUUUUCUUUACUUUUUUUUCGUUUACAAUCCAUAAAAUAAUCUGAAUAUUUUCUUUUAGUUUUCAUUUACAUUUCUCCCCUAAACUAAAUCUUUUUGUAAAUGACUUCAUACUGCGAUUGUGGAAAAUCGUGUGUGUUAAAUGCCCUCCUAAUAAUAAUAUAAAUCUAACGAAAGAAACAUAAUAGCAAUCCGAUUAUUUACAUUAUAUUGGUCAUAAUAUUCCCCCCACCCAAUUUGCUGUUAUACAACAAAUGAGCUUGAAUUGAAACACCACACUAUCCGAUAAUACUACAGUGAAAGUCAACCCAUCUAUCAUGCAUCAACUACUGACAGGAAGAGCAAUGGCUGCCCUGUCUCAGUCACUUCUGAAGAACAAAUUUGAAUUUAGUUUCUUCUCUCUUUCCCUACCCCCCCUUUUUCGCUUCAACUACUUUUUUUGUUUGUUCCUGAUCGAAAAGAAAAAAAAAACUAAAAUGAUUAGUUUUUAAGGCAUUCAAUAAAUAAUUUUGUAAGUGUAUUAAAGGAUAUAAAUAAAUUAAACUAUUUACUAA